AUGAGGUUAAAGCACAACUGUGUGAGAAGCAGGGAGAAUAAGAAGGUCACUGCAGAGUACAUUGCUGAGAGGUACCUUGAAGAUUUCAGAAGCAACCCAACUUGGAAGGUUAAGAAGAUCAGGGAUAGGGUACUUCAGGACCUAGGGGUUCAAGUUACUUAUUUUAGAGCUUGGAUGGCUAGAUGUAGAGCUAAGUUGAUAAUUUUUGGAAGUGCAAGAGAGCAGUAUGCAAGGGUCUGGGACUAUGGCAAAGCCCUAAUGAAACACAACCCUAGUUAUGGUUGUAAUGUGGUUGUAGAUGGGAUUGAGCAGCCUGAGGCUCCCCUGUUUUUGAGAAUGUUUGUGUGUUUAAGGUCUUUGAAAGAUGGGAAGAUUUUAGUAGCUGUGUCCAAAGAUGGGAACAACAAAAUUUACCCUAUUGCUUGGGCAACAUGUGAGGCUGAAAACAAGGGAACAUGGAUUUGGUUCCUAGAAUCACUGAUGCAGACCCUUGGGAGUGCAUAUGGGUCAGGUUUCACCUUCAUGUCAGACAGGCAAAAGGGACUGGUAGAAGCAUUUUCUCAAGUUGUGCCAGAAGCAGAAACUAGAUUAUGUGUUAGGCAUAUUUGGGCAAGCUUCAAACUGAAGUUCACUGGAUCUGUUUUCAAGGAGUUAUUUUGGAAUGCUGCAAGAGCAACAACACAACUUGAAUUUGAAAUACCAAUGCAGCAGAUUAAGGAGCUUGAUGAGGAGGCUUUUGAUUACUUGAACAAAAUCCCCACUGUGCACUGGUGCAGACAUGCAUUUAGUGAGAACUGCAGGUCCAACAUGUUGCUAAACAACAUGUGUGAGACUUUCAAUGCAGUUUUUAGAGAUGCCAGAGACAAACCUAUCCUCACCCAAAUGGAAUGGAUGAGGAGGUACAUGAUGAGUAGAAACAAUGAGAAGUGGGAGGAUUCCAAGGUAAUCACAACCAACUUGACUCCAUAUGCUCAUAAACUCUUUCAAAGGAUGAGCUAUGUGUCUAGGAAUUGCAUUAUUCAAGCUGCAAGAGAUAACACUUAUGAAAUGCAACUAAAGGAUGACCAGGUUCUAGUUGACUUGGGAAAUAGGAGUUGUUCCUGCAACCAUUGGCAGUUGACAGGCCUCCCAUGUAUUCAUGCCUUUGCAUGCAUAAUGGAUCAAAGAGCUGAUGUUGAGCAAUAUGUCCACCCCUAUUACAGUAUGGCCACCUAUAGAGCAGCAUAUGAGCUUGCAAUUCAACCCAUGCCAGGGCCAAAGCACUGGGACAGAGUAAACAUGAGGGAGCCUCAUCCACAAGCCAUCAAGGUGCAGCCUGGGAGGCCUAAGUUGAAGAAAAGAAAGUUGGAACCUGGUGAGGGUACUUCUGCAUCAAGGGGGCAACAGGGUGGACAGAAAAGGAAAAACCAGUGCAGAAAUUGUGGUUGA